GAUAUAAUCUAGUUUAAAAUGUAGCACACACGUGUAUUUUCUGUAAUUCCCAUUUUAUAAAAGAAUAAAGUACGAAUAAUAUUAAAACUACGAUGGCUAAUGAAAGCCUAAACAACAGUGCUCCACAAGUACAAAUAAAAUUUCUUACGAAACAGGAACAGUAUGCUGUUCCAGAUUUCCCAUUGUCAGUGCACACAUCCAUUGUAACAAGUGAAUUAAAUACUCUUAUAAAUGAACUUCUAAAAGAGUCGACCAAUAUAAAAAAUGAUAUAGAAUUUGAUUUCUUGGUGUGCUCACAAUUUUUACGCACUUCGUUAAGUGAACACAUAGCUGAAAAAAAUAUUUCUACAGAAGAAGUGAUUAUCGUUGAAUAUGUUGAAAAGUAUCCACCACCAGAACCUCAGGAUUGUCUUUUACAUGACGAUUGGGUAUCUGCCGUUGAUGUUUAUGAAAAAUGGAUCUUGACUGGCUGUUAUGAUAACACAUUACAUAUAUGGACAUCUAAAGGGAAGCAUCAUUUAGUAAUUCCUGGACAUACUUCACCUGUUAAAGCAGUAGCAUGGAUAUCCUUGACUAGUGACACGGCCACUUUUGUUAGUGCAUCUCAAGAUCAAACAGCUAUAAUAUGGGAUUGGAACAUUAUGGAAAAUUCUGUAGAUUGCAUUCAUGUAUGCAGGGGACAUGAACGUGGACUAGAAGCUGUUAAUAUUAAUUACGAUAAGACUAUAAUGGCAACUGGGGCAUGGGAUACAAUGCUUAAAAUCUGGUCUACAGCUAAUCAAGAUGAAAAUGAAGAUGGUGAAUCCAGCUCAAAAAGAUUAAAAUCAGAACAUGGUAAAACAAGGGUACCUAAAAGAACUAUGAAAGGUCACAAAGAAGCCAUUAGUGGUGUAGUAUGGUCAGAUAAAACAGAAAUUAUAACGUCCUCGUGGGAUCAUACGAUGAAAAUAUGGGAUUCAGAAUUAGGAGGAAUCAAACACGAACUGGCUGGAAAUAAAAGUUUCUUUGACCUCGAUUAUUCCCCAUUAAGUCGUACUGUUAUAACAGCAUCAGCCGAUAGGCAUAUUAGAUUAUACGAUCCAAGAUCUACAGAGGGAACACUUGUAAAAGCAAUAUUUACUUCUCACACGCAAUGGGUACAAUCUGUACGAUGGUCGCCAGUGGACGAAACUCUUUUUAUUUCAGGAGCAUACGAUAAUGAGAUGAAACUCUGGGAUACCAGAAGUCCUAAAGCGCCAUUGUUUGACCUUUCUGGCCAUGAAGAUAAAGUAUUAUGUUGCAAUUGGUCGAAUCCCAAAUUCAUGGUAUCCGGAGGUGCGGAUAACACCGUAAGGAUAUUUAAAUCGAAACAUAUUGUUCGUUAAUAGCGAAUUAUUGUUUUAUAACUUUUACAUAUAAUAGAGAAAUGAAUUGUGCAUAGUGCAAAUUAAUAAGAAUAAGAUUCUUUUUAUCAACUUAAUAUUUAUUAUAUUCUAAAUCAAGCAAUAUAAUCAUCUAAAAGAAAUAGACACGUAUCGCCAUCGUGAAACGUACUGAAUCACGAAAUCAUGUACUCAGUGUAAAAUAAUCAAAAGAUAUUGGAUCAAUUUUUUAACUUCAACAACGUAACUUGAAAUAAAUUAAACGUGAAUGCAGAUCGAGAUGAUGUAUA